AUGUCUGCUGCGACUAUUGCUCGCUGGAAUGCAAUCUCACUAAGCGGAGAACGGCCGCUGAAGCGCUCUCGCUCUAUCUCUGAUGAUGAAGAAGACAAUGUCUCACUCGUCUCUCGCAGCCCAUCUCCAGUUUCAAUUCCAAUGGAGGUUGACCCCUACAAAUAUGACGAAUACGUUUCUCGGCCAGCAGCCCCAGAAACCAUCACUGUCGAAAGUCGGAUAAAACCCACCAACAAAGGCUUCGCAAUGCUAGCUAGGCUAGGAUGGCGCGAAGGAGAGCCGCUGGGCUUGUCUCCAGAGGGCAGAGUCGACCCAGUUCCCUUCCACAUGAAGCAAGACUCUCUGGGGCUGGGUCGUUUGACUCAGGAUAUUCGCAUGAUAGAGACAACUGUGUCGCAAAGACGCGACAUGGACUCUGAACGGAUGAGUAGAGAGUCGGACGAACAACGUAAAGCCAGAGAGGUCAGUCUCUCCAUAGAUCAGCGACAUAACCUGUUAACCUGCAUCAAGGACAACGUAGCCCGUCGCUCUGCCUUGGAGACUCAGCUCUCAUCAACCAUCAAAGCAUUCCAUUGUGAGCUUUGCGACAAGCAGUUCAAGAAUAUCGCGGCCUACACUGAACAUACCAAUUCAUAUGCGCACCAUCACAAAGCUCGGUUUAAGGACAUGCAAUCAAGCAUGCGAGGAACACAAGACGAGGCCGAGAAGCGGAAAGAGAAGGAGCGCAAGCGAGAGGAGAAAGAAAUGCGAAAAAUGGCCGCUGCAAAAGGAAUUAAACUGAUAAAACCAACCACGGUUGUGCCAUCCAGUUCUGGUCCUAGCCAUUCCGAUAUGGACAUCGAUGGCGAGCCUAUUAUUACUGAACCAACUCCACAGUCGGGUUUUAAAGCCUCAGGGUGGACGACAGUAGCGUCAUCCUCUGAACCGCCAAACCCUGCAACGACGACGCCCACUCCAGCCGCCCCACCACCGCCACCACCAUCUGAACCACCACUUCCUCCUCCUAUUACCACACACCCAAUACCACCACCAGUUUCUGCCGCCGAACAACCCACUGGAAAAGCUCAUGCUUCUCGACUGGGCUGGCAGCAGUUCCAGAAAAAACGUCGAUAA